AUGCAACCUGCAUUCUUUUUCGCACUUGGAAAUUCCCAAGUGCAAGACAAAACGCAAGCGAGGGAACAUCUGAGGAAGAGGGGCGCCGAGAUUCAUCGGAUACUCGGCCAACUGACGGACGGCGGAGAGAAUCGAAUGCCCAACACAACGUUAGUCCAUCGUCUCGAACACACAAAUCACAGAUUUGUCACAUGCCGUCAAGAGUUCGCUUCAGCAGCUGGGCAUAUGGUCUAG